GCUACUUUUGUUACCCUCUGAACCCUAGCAGCCGCAUCCCCCGAACAACCCACAUCCCAAACCCCUUUCCUCAAAACCCUUGCGACUUCACCAUGUUCUCCCUCCGCCGCCGCCGCCCCCGCCGCCGCACUGGAACAACCAGCCGCUGUGUGGGCUCUGAUCCAUCUCGCCAACAGCCAGGACGUCCCCCACAUCCACCGUCUCAUCCACCGGAUGGCGGCGUUCGAGAAGCUGACCCAUCUCUUCUCCGCCACCGAGUCCUCCCUCUCCUCCAGCCUCUUCCCCCCUCCCCAACCUCCGCCCGUCCUCUCCUUCACCAUGCUUAUCCUCGAGCUCUCCCCGAAUCCCUUCUCCCAAGGCGAUGAAGAGCACAAAGACGCGGCGAACCCCUCUCUCUUCUGCCUGAAUAUUGUGUGGCUGGUGGAGUUGAAGUCCCCUUCUGCAUCCGUGGUCUUGGAGCUCAACAAGAUCUUGAUGGAGUCUUAUGCAUCAAUCAUUUUGGCCAAGUAUGGUGAUGAGCUUUUCAUUCCAACCUAAUUGGACAUAGGAGCAAUUUAAGGAGAUGCUCAACAAAGGGGUGGAGGAGCGCUUGCGGACAGAGACUGUUGAGAUAGAUGCACGAGUUGAGACAGGAGUUGCGGCUCAAAUGAUAGUACAGAUUCCUCAUUUGUUUGAAGCUUGGGCAUGCUCAAGGGGCAUGGAGGUAUCACCUUUAGACUAAUUUUCGUCUCCCUCUUCUGAUGGCAAUGAUCUUCCAGCUGCUGGUUGGCUAGAUAUUUGAUAUUUUAGAUUUAAUAUUUAUAUAUAUAAUAUAUUUUUAUAAGUAUAUAGAGAAUUUUUAUUGUAUGGUAUUUGAUAUAUUUUAAUGUAGUUGAUGGUAAACUUUUGAUUCUGAAUAUGUAAUUGAUUGAAUAUUAAAAGAUGAAUCUUG